UGGCGUCUUCCUCAUUUAUGAAUAAUUUUUACAACGCUAUUCUUCAAAAGUAUUGAAAUUUCUUAAUUUUUGUGCACCCAGAGCAUAUAAAAUUAUAUAUUUGCUGCAUACAGACAGAGAUGUCUGGGUCGGAUGUGGCUGCUCACAGCAUGAGCAGUGAGAUGGAUAUGGAUGACGCAGUUCCAGGGCCGGAUUUCUCAGACAACCCCGUGUGUUCAGGGGAUGGGAAAAUGUGUGGGGAGUGCGGGAAAAUAUUCUCACACCCAUUCUACUUCAGCACACAUAUCAGCAUUCAUGCGAGUGAAAAGAACUUUGCAGUGGUUGGUCAAUGUGCACUGUGUGGACUCACCUUCGCUGAUGCAGCUAUAUUUAGCCAGCACUUGAACUCAUCUCAGAAUCGCAUGGCAGUACAGGUGCCUGAAGAAGAGGAGGACUCAAGAGACCAAAGCAACUAUUCUAAUCAGUACGACACCUCACAAAACUUGGAAGACUACAAUCAAAAUGGUGUUGGAAUGUCUAAUGAGAGCAUGGCAAGGACCUCUGGAGAAAACAAAAACAAUGUUUCCUCGGAAUCCUUGCACCGAGACCAUCAAGGGGGGUCAGAUUUUGAACCGAAGGCAAAACGAAGAAGAAAAAUGCCUGAGCGCUAUGAUCCUGAUGCCAUUUCUGAACCACCACGGCUACACCCAGAUGAAGACCCAGCGGUCGAGGCCUACUUGAUGAGUUUGACAGAAAUGGGACUAACUGUAGAUCCUGCGGCUUUUGCUAGUCAUGGUAAAGGCAGGAGCAGAAAAUCAUUUGGUCCUUCUAAAGGGAAAUGGAAAGGUAAAAGAUUUCCUUCCCAUGACCCCCUGUCUGGGGAUUUCUUUCCCCCACGUAAGCCCAGCCCAAAGUAUGAAUACGUUGACUAUGACGUGCUGCUUGAAGACGACAUGGAAAUUUUACCCAAAAGUGGUAAACAAACCAGGGGGCUGCGUCUGCAGCAGAGACAUGAGCGGUUAAGUGGUGAGCCUGGUGGUGCAGGGCAGAAUGACAUGCAGGUUAAAACAGAAGAACCCAGCGCGGAAAGCUCCUCGUCAGUUAGGACAAGCACAGCCUCUAGCAGUUCUCACCCGGAUCCUGUGCCAAGUACAAGUGCAGGUGAUAAAAUGCCCAGUCGGGGGUUCGCUCUAGACAAGCUCUCCGUCAAAACUGAGCUGAUUGACAAGGAUUAUAACCCACGAGGGGGCACUCACACGAAACCCAAACCCAAGGCUCCUCCACAGCCUCCAAAACAGGUACCAAAUUCUCAACCCAGUCCAUCCGCCGAGCCCCCACCUGCUCCGCGUCCUGGGUUAACCGGUUACGCCAGGGCUAAUCCAGCUUUUCGGCCGGCAAACAGUGUUAACCCAGCCCUACAUGCCAAUAUUAAAAGACCAGGAACACUGGCCAACCCCCAGAGAAUGAGGAACCCAGCAUCACUAGCCUCCCCUAGCCGGCCCAGCCCCAAGGCAGCCAAGUCUAAAGGCAUUGAGAGGUUCAAGCAGGAGUCCAGGGAAUAUGUUGAGAUCAUGCUGCAGUCUUUGACUAGUGAGCUCAUCCCCACCAAGAUGGGCAAGAAUCCUGUGGCUACUAAAACUAUCUACGGCAGACCUGCUGAUGGCUACGCUGCAAACUUUCCUGGCUAUCAGCCCCGUUUUCCUGGGUCCAGGGGCUCGGCUAGCGGACCCAGGCAUAACACGGGCAGAGGGCGGGCGGAUACGCUGUUUUUCAAGGGAGGACAGUUGAGGUAUCAACCCAGACCUGGUUUAAUGAACCCACCUUUUAACGAGGUGCAAGGCUUAUGGUCUGGCUCGAGUAAUGGCACCACGUUGCAUGGCCAGAGCUCCAGGUGGAACAGCAACCCCCCUGUUUCUCAGAGAGGGGCCGCAGCCAAUACCUCACAACGGGGCCGUGGUGGGAAUGCAAUGCAAGUCGGACGUGGGGGUGUGGCAAUGAAUGCCAGAGGUGGAGGUGCUCAGAGGAAAAUAGUUCCGGUUGGUGGCCCAGUUACACACGUCUCUCUUGCUGGACAGCCUCGGCCAAAUCCCAACCCUGGGGCGGUCUUCCCUGUACAGAUGAGCAGAGGGGGGUCAGUGGUAGGCAGGGGUGCUGCUCAAGUUAAAGCCGCCACCCCAGCUGUUCCAAAGACACCUCAACCAUUUCUCAACACUAAUGAAGUGAUUGUUGUGGACGACGACGAUGAGGAUGUAAACAAAGUCUCCAAGAAAAGUGUUGAGGUCCCGCCAGAAAGCAGCGAGAAGUCUGUGAAAAAGUCUGCCAUGAUUGUGGACAUAGACAAGGCAGAGAACCCAGUGGCUGACAUAGCUGUUAUCAGGGACAAAAACAAGGACCUGGAGAUAGUGAGUGACGCUGAGAUGUCCAAGGACAAGAAGCUCAGCUUGACCCCAGCUGUUUGCUUGACCAGGAUUGACGAGGUCAAGGGAGAGGCUGCACAGGUCAGCCCAGGCAAAGAGAAACCCAAGACUCAGGGUGAGAAUAACGCUGGUGGUCAAGACCCGCUUCUAGAAGUUGAAGACAUCGAAGGCUGGAAGGUCUGUCUGGCGGAAAAUUCUGAAUCAGAGGCGAGCGAGGGUGAAAAUAGCGAGUCCCACUGUAACCAGCCUAGCCCAAGCCAGGUGGAUGAAAAUAAAAGCAGUAACAAUGCUGAUGAAGAGAAAGUGUCCGAUCUUAAAGAUGAAGAUGCUGGUAAGAAUUUAGACAAGGUCAAUGUAGAUGGCCAGAGAGAAGACACAAGUGAUGGAGACUCCAUUGCUGUGGCCACAGCACCAAGUGUGCCCUUGACCUUCCCAAAUUUCAUUGGAGACACGGACAACCUGCUGGACAUAUUUUCAGAAAUUGAGAAAACCUGCAAGGAAAUUGAGGAGAACUCCGGCAACGAGAGGGAGGACAGCGGCACGGAGUCAGAUGCCAAAGACAUGAAGCCUACCCCAGAGUAUGAGAAACCAGUGGCCGACCCCCAGGGUGAAGACAGCUGGACGGAACCGGAGGGGGAAGAGGAGGAGGAGGGUAAUCAGGAGGAGCUGGGUCAUAAAAUUAGUGACAUCUUAAAAAGUUUGGAAGGCGGGGAGGCCAAGGAAGGAGAUGAGAAAAGCACAGAGCAGGAGAGGCCUGUUAAAGAAAGUGUAGAGGGGGUCGAAGGUGAGAAUAUGUUCCGAGAUGAAAUUCAGAACAUUUUGAAGUCCAUUGGAGAAACUGGCGAUGGUGAUGGUGGAACAGGUAAUGAGGUGAAAAACUCAACGAUUAAAGAUAACAAUGAAAAAGUGGAUGAUGAAAAGAAAGAAAAUAAUCAAGACAGUGAUAUAAUAGAUGCUAAAAGUCCAUGUCAUAAGAAAUCAACUACUGAAGAAAAUGGCAAUGAAUCUGCGGGGUAUGAAAAUGGUGGUGAUACAACAAUGGAAACUGAUGAGGAUGAAAGUGAGAAACCCUCUGAUUCUAAGCAACAAACCACAGUUAAACCUGUAGAAGUUUCCCAUGAGGAAACAGUGAAGGAUGAGCUGAGUGGUUCAGCUGGUCAAGAGUUGAGUGAGAGUUAUGAGGCUGGUGAACCAGGGUCUGACCCUCCACACCAGGAUAGUCAAGAUGUUAGGGAGAGGGGCAGUGAGGCCAUGGAUGUUGAUGAACCCAACACUGAAUCUAAACAUGAUGAGGAACCUGAUGCAGGGGAAGAGGAAAAAGAUGAGCAUACUGCAGAAGAAGAGAAAAAUGAGCAAGGGCAAAGUGUUUGUCAAGACGAGGAAGUGACAGAUGCUGAAGUUCCGGUUGAAGUGGAGAAGGCAGACAUCCAAGAGAACAUGGAAGCUAAUAAUGUACAGGAUACAGGUGAGGAUCUACAUACAGAGAGUAAUGGAGAGGUGGCCCCUGCUGAGGAAAUAGAGGAGGCAGAAAAAAAGAAAUCCCCCAGCAGAAGUUCAUGCAAAGAUUCCGAAGAUUUGCCAGGUGAUCCCAGAGAUGAUGGGGGGGAUGAGGACGACAAGCAGUGGAGACAGAGAACGGAGCCCAGCCCCCCCUCUGCUGCCAGCCACAGCUUCAGCUUCACGGCACUCACCUCCACCAGCACCGAUGGCACCAGUACCUCAGGUAACAGCCAGCCUUCUGAUGGUGCUGCUGAUGUUAUAGCAGGCAGCAGGUCUUUGACUGCCACCAUCAACUUGGACACCCUCUUGUCUGAUCUCCAGUCAACUCUAAACCCCAGUCUAUUUGGUAAAGCUUCUCACUGUGAUGUGGACCAUUCAUGGACCAAUCACAACAUAAACUUCCAAGCUUCAACUUUGUCUCAACACACUGAUUGUAAACAAAUCCCAGAACAUGUUCCUAGCAGUUUCUCACCAGCCAGAAUUUCCUGUGUCCCAUGCCACUGUCUGAGACAAGAAUCCUGCAAUAACUUUGCAUCACCUUGUAGAAAACUCCAGUGGAGCAAGUCUUGUUGUACAGAGUGUUCCAUGCCUUUGUUUAAAUACGCAAGCAUGUACAAAAAGAAAAGGUUUUCCACCAAGCCACUGGGGUGUAGAUCUCUCACUAAAGUCCUGUCUGGGAAAUUCAGUCGCCCAAUUGUUUCAAAGGUCAAAGCUGAAAAGAAGUUUAAAAUGUGUUUGGAUCAGUUCGCCUCUGAGAGAUGGGAGCUCAAACACAUGAGUCACAAAUUGAACUCCCAGUUGAAUGUGCUGCCUGCUAGGAUAGUUCAUGCACUCCAUAAUAAAAAACUCUUUGCGAAAGUUUUACAAGAAAAACUGGAGGAUUUUAAGGGCAAAAAAGAGACACAUAGCACAUUUUUACACAGGAACACUGUACUCAAGAAGCAAAAAAAUAUCAAUGAUUCCAGAAAAGAAUGUGUGGGGAAUUUCAAAGUACAUUCUCCAAAGCUUACUUGGGAGAAUCUAACUACAUUUGCAGUCUACCCCCUAACAACAAGCCAGCCCCACUCUCCCAGAGCAUUGAAAGCUACUCAGGGGUUUUCUGGUAAACCUUGGUCUGUGUUCCCUGGCACCGGAGCUCCAGAUAAGCUGAAGUCAUGUGACGGCUGGAAGGUGAUGACCUGUGGGACACAGGAGAAAAGCUCUGGCACCACGUACCAAUCUGGCAUCAGUGGCAGGGAGGUGAACAGGUCUGAAGGCAGGCACAGCAGCAACAAGAGCUACUCCCUCAACAGUGGCAGCAACAGAGGGGACGGGGACGGCGGGGAGGACGAGGACAACCCAGGUAAUGAUAACACCAGCUGCAAGACCAAGUUCUACGGGAAGUGCCCACUGUGCGGGCUCAAGCUUAAGAGCAUUAAAAUCGCCAAAAGGCAUUUGGCCACCCAUGUUUCUAAACCCAUCAACACCGACGCCCAUUCUAGUUCAUCUAAAAAACACGAGCAAACCUUGUCAACAGAGGCGAAACAAAACAUCCCCCCUGACUUAGUCCUCAGCUCCAUGAAAUCAACUCACACCAAUACAAACCUGUACGAGUCCGUGAAAAUCCCAACCGGCUGCGGCAUCACGGAGAUCAUCGCUGUCAAACCAACCAUGCCGGUUGUAAGGAAACACGUGGUCAGGCCAAGUAAAUACUACAAGUCACCAGUAGAUACCCCACAAGAUUUGAAAAUAAAGAGAAAGUAUAAAUCUCGCAAUGUAGAAAAGGGAAAAAACUCUGUGAUCAACAAACCACUCUGUUUAAUAAGUGAAGUGCGCAGUCUGCAGCAAGAAAUACCGGAAACCUCUUGUAAAGACGGUAGCAAAAAGUUGUCCAGUCACCAUGAGGAGGUGACGAGGGAGAAUGUUAAAAAUAUUCAAAGAACAAGGGGGCAGGCUGGUGCAAAGAAGAAAGAUUUGCAUCACCAAGGUGUUGGUUCUUGUAGCACAGACGUCCUACCUAGACAGGACAUUGAGUACAGUACCCACAGCCUGCUAGACAAUCCAACUUACUCAUCCUUCAUCUUAGCAACAGCUGUCAAGUCUGAGCCCCUUGACUUUACCUCAGCACCUGAAACAAAUGUAACUUCUCAUGAUGGAGAUCUUCAGGGUAAGUGUACUGUAGACCAGCAGUCUAAAAACCUCACAAGUCCAGCUCUGUUUCCAGCUGUGAAAACAGAACCAGUGGAGUUGUCGGAAGUCUCAUGGAGCUGUGCAUCAGGCCUAAACAAACAUUCAGCUGAAGAGAACACAAAUAUCUUAGCCAAUCAAGUACGAGGAUUGCGAACAAAUGUUUCACUGUAUGAGUUUGAUGAAAAACCUAUAGACAUUGAGGUGAAAGCAGAACCGCUGACUGAGAGUGAUGAAGAAGAAGACUUGUUAACUGUGACAUUUGAUGAUAAUUGUCUGCCCCUGAGGCAGCUAGAUGAACUGGGUAGUCACCCUUCCCUUGAAAACCCACUGGGAGAGAAGUCUUGUAAAAACUUCCCGUACACUGUGUCUUCAAUGACCCAUGUACACAAUGAUUCUCAAAAUAGUUCAUAUACAGUUCCAGGGUUUAGUAGAAAAGGAUUGAGAACUCGGAGUGUUUCAAAGCUGGCGAAAGACAAGAGGAAAGACACUUCUGGCUCAUCAGAACUGGCGUCAGUUCAACCAACCAAACUCUACAAGGUGGAUGACCUGUCGGAUGACGACCUGAUCCGGCUUGGGAUCCCCUUGGUGUAUGUCCACCCUACAAAACCGGUGGUUAACUUAGGGUUCCCCAGGGCCACUCGGUCCACCCGCAUCUGUGCCACAGAAGAAGCUAACCUGUUACAGCAGGUCACCAGUGCUGUAAGGUCAAGGUCAGAAGACAGCACAGCUGACGAGCUGUCGUCCGUCACUAAAAGUGCAGCCAGUGCUGGGUCACCUGAUGUGAAAAGUGAAGCCCAAGCAGCUCUGGUUGAAAACAAAGGAAAUCAAGUGGAUUGUGUAGAUAAUAUUCAACCAAGCUACACUGCUAGCCUGGUAGGUGAGUCCAGCUAUGUUGAAAAUACCACUAUAAAGUCAGGUAGAACUGAUAAGUUUGAUAAAAAAUUAAGAAGAGCUGACAAAUCUGCUAAAAAGUCAAGUCGUGCUGACAGUGUCAAUGUCAGUGACAUAAUCAAACCCAGUUGUAAUGCACCCAGCAGUACUGAAUCAGAUUGCACACAAAUUGACAAAAAUCUGGCCAUACUUCCUGAGCAUUGCAGUACUGAAUCAGAUUGCACACAAAUUGACAAAAAUCUGGACACAUUACCAGAGCAUUGCAGUACUGAGUCGAAUUGCACACAAAUUGACAAAAAUCUCACCAGAGUUCCAGCAUAUCAAAGAAAGAGAAAUCCAUCUCAAAGGAAGACAAAUCCAUCCCAAAGGAAGACAAACCCAUCAAUUGUCUAUGUACAUCCUAAAAAACCUGUUAUCAAUUACCAAGGAAGAGUUCAGAGGAAUGACAAACUGGACCCACAGGUGCAGAAGCGUUCAAAACAUUACAAGAAAAUUCGGGUGGGGAAGGUGACGUACCAGAUGUUAUAAGCUGAAAUAUUUUCCCCUGGUGUGAUGGUCAAGCCAUUCCAAGUUGACAUCCAUAGAUUGUUGAGGCAAGUGGAAUCAAGUUUUACAGUGUUAGGUUCUUUGUAAAUAAUGUAUAUACAUUGAUCUGGCUGUUUGACUCGGUCAACACAUGUAGCUUUGUUAACUAAUGGUUAACCUGGGUUUGAAUAUUUUCUCAUCAUGGUUGGGUGUCUGUAGUAAUGUACUCAUGGCAGUACUGCCAGACAAUAACAGUGGUGGCACCAGUAUGUGCUAAGUCAGUCAGCACUCUCAGACAAUAGCAGUGUGUAUUGAAUCUGACAGUACUGAUUCAGACAUUACCAGCACUUACUGUAUCUGACAUUACCAGUGCGUACCGUACUCAAUAUGACAGUGUGUACUAACUAUAUCAGACAUUACCAGCACAUACUGUAUAUCAGACAGUCCUGGUAUUAGUACAAGUUUGUACUAAGUCAGUGCUAGUAUCAGUACCAGUGUGUACUAAAUCAGAUAUUACUAGUAUCAGUACCAUUGUGUACUCAGGCAAGAAGCAUCUCAACAUUUUUUUAACAGAGAAAGGCUUAUUGAAUGGCACUUUGCUACAUCCUAAAUAAUAGAGGAAUUAAAGUACAAUCAUGUAUUUGUUCUUAAUGCAGCAAAUAUGAUUGUUUAAUUCUUUAACAAAUCUUUUUUUGAUUCUCAUUGAAUUAAUAUAAUGUACAAAGUAAAUAAGAUCUCUUUUUUCUGUUACAAUAUAUAUUACUAUACAUUUUUUUGUAUCUUUUUUAUUUCAAAGUAAUAUUUCUGUUUUCAUUCAUAUCUGUUUUUGUAAUGUAAUUUUUGUCAAGCUUCUUUAAGAAAUGCCAUACUGUAGAAUAUCUGCAUAAUAUUUAUUUGAAUUUCACAUGAUAAACAGAUUGUGUUGUAUUGUUAGUCCAUCAAAGUCAUGGCAGUCAUGUAUCAUAGGUGCUUACCACAUCCUACAUUUAAAAAUCACUCACGUUUGUGUGAAAUCCUCUAAAUAUCCUUUAUUUUUAUUAAACUUUUAAUAGUUGUCUGUUAAUAUAAAUAUAAAUCUAUCAUUGUUGUUUUUUAAUUUUGUUGACUUUGCAUUUUUUUAUCUGUAGAAAGUAACUUAUGUUAGCUGUUUUUAAUUUAAAAAAUGUAUAUCAUCACUGGCAGUUCGUGAAUUUUGUACCAUUUUGCAAUAAACAGGUCAAAGUUUCUACCAAACUUUCAUAUGUACAAUUUUCACUUACAUUUUUUCACUUCAGCUUUUGCAUAGGAUUGUAAAUCAAACUAGAAUUUACUCAAGUAGAAUUUGCAAUUGAAAUAAUCAGUAGUAUGUUAUUUUAAAAAGAAUAGAAUGUAAAAUUUUUUGUGUUCAUGAUGUGAAUCUGGUUAGUUUAGCCUUACGUUGAAUAAUUCAUCCAGGUGUCGACUGCAUUUUACAAAAUGAUCACAUUGCUUUAUUUAAUGGUUAUAUUAUAUACAGUUUUUCAAGUCAUUGAAAUCAUAAUAUCAAAUAAAUACAAAUUGGUAAUCAUUUUAUUAUAAAAAUUGGAUUGUAUUUGUAAUGCUUCA